AUGCUCCCAUUGCCCUUCCUCUCUCCCGUCGCCUAUCCUCUCUCGUCGCCCUUCCUCACUCCCGUCGCCCUUACUCUCUCCCGUCGCCCUUCCUCUCUCCUGUCGCCCUUCCUCUCUCCCGACGCCUAUCCUCUCUCUCGUCGCCCUUCCUCUCACUUGUCGCCCUUCCUCUCUCCUAUCACCUAUCCUCUCACCCGUCGCCCUUCCUCUCUCCCGUCGCCUAUCCUCUCUCCUCUCGCCUAUCCUCUCUCCCGUCGCCCUUCCUCUCUCCCGUCGCCUAUCCUCUCUCCCGACGCCUAUCGUCUCUCCCGUCGCCCUUCCUCUCUCCCGUCGCCUAUCCUCUCUCCCGUCGCCCUUCCUCUCUCCCGUCGCCUAUCCUCUCUACCGUCGCCCACCCUCUCUCCCAUCGCCCUUCCUCUCUCCCGUCUCCUAUCCUCUCUCCUGUCACCCUUCCUCUCUCCCGUCGCCCUUCCUCUCUCCCCCUCUCAUCACCCACCUCGGCGCCUUCGCGCUCAACCCAAAAUGCCUGCCCGGGCGUGGGGACUGCAGCUGCAGUCCCGCCUUGUGGACUGGAGCUGCAGUCCCGCCUUGCGGACUGGAGCUGCAGUCCCGGCGGAGGGACUGGAGAUUCCCGGCAUGCGGACUCGAGCUGCAGUCUCGGCGUGGGGACUGGAGCUGCAGUCCCGGCUUCGGGACUGGAGCUGCAGUCCCUUCUUGGGGACUGGAGCUACAGUCCCGGCGUGCGGACUGGAGCUGCAAUCCCGGCGUGGGGACUGGAGCUGCAGUCCCGACGUGGGGACUGGAGCUGCAGACCCGGCGUGGGGACUGAAGCUGCAGUCCUGGCUUGGGGACAGGAGCUGCAGUCCUGGCUUGGGGACUGAAGCUGCAGUCCCGGCUUGGGGACAGGAGCUGCAGUCCUGGCUUGGGGACUGGAGCUGUAGUCCCGGCGUGGGGACUGGAGCUGCAGUCCCGGCAUGCGGACUGGAGCUGCAGUCCCGGCGUGGGGACUGGAGCUGCAGUCUCGGCAUGCGGACUGAAGCUGCAGUUCCGGCAUGCGGACUAGAGCACCAGUCCCGGCGUGGGGACUGGAGCUGUAGUCCCGGCUUGGGGACUGGAGCUGCAGUCCCGACGUGGGGACUGGAGCUGCAUCCCAGCUUGGGGACUGGAGCUGCAGUCAAGGCUUGGGGACUGGAGCUGCAGUCCCGGCGUGGGGACUGGAGCUGCAGUCCCGGUGUGGGGACUGGAGCUGCAGUCACGACGUGGGGACUAGAGCUGCAGUCCCUGAUCGGGGAAUGGAGCUGUAGUCCUGGCUUGGGGACUAGAGCUGCAGUCCCGGCUCAGGGACUGGAGCUGCAGUCCCGGCUUGGGGACUGGAGUUGCAGUCCCGGCGUGGGGUUGGGAGCUGCAGUCCCAGCAUGGGGACUAGAGCUGCAGUCCUGUCUUGCGGACGGAGCUGCAGUCUCGGCGUGGGGACUGGAGCUGCAGUCCCGGCGUAGGGACUGGAGCUGCAGUCUCGAUGUGGGGACUGGAGCUGCAGUCCCGGCGUGGGGACUGGAGCUGCAGUCACGGCUCCCGACGUGGGGACUGGAGCUGCAGUCCCGGCUAGGGGACUGGAGUUGUAGUCGUGGCGUAGAGCUUGGGGGUGCAAUCACGGCGUGGGGACUGGAGCUGCAGUCUCGCUUUGCGGACUGGAGCUGCAGUCCCGGCGUGGGGACUGGAGCUGCUGUCCCGGCAUGCGGAUUGGAGCUGCAGUCCCGACGUGCGGACGGGAGCUGCAGUCCCGGCGUGGGGACUGGAGCUGCAGUCUCGGCGUGGGGACUGGAGCUGCAGUCACGGCGUGGGGACUGGAUCUGCAGUCCCGGCUUGCGGACUAGAGCUGCAGUCUCGGCGUGGGGACUGGAGCUGCAGUCCCGGCGUGGGAAAUGGAGCUGCAGUCCCGGCGUGCGAACUGGAGCUGCAGUCCCGGCGUGGGAACUGGAGCUGCAAUCCCGGCGUGCGGACUGGAGCUGCAGUCCCGCCUUGCGGACUGGAGCUGCAGUCCCGGCGUGGGGACUUGAGCUGCAGUCCCGGCAUGCGGACUGGAGCUGCAGUCCCGGCGUGGGGACUGGAGGUGCAGUCCCGGUGUGGGGACUGGAGCUGCAGUCACGGCUCCCGACGUGGGGACUGGAGCUGCAGUCCCGGCUUGGGGACUGGAGCUGUAGUCGUGGCGUGGAGACUGGGGCUGCAGUCCCGGCAUGGGGACUGGAGCUGCACUCCCGCCUUGCGGACUAUAGCUGCAGUCCCGGCGUGGGGACUGGAGCUGCAGUCCCGGCAUUCGGAGUGAAGCUGCAAUCCCGGCGUGCGGACUGGAGCUGCAUUCCCGGCGUGUGGACUGGAGCUGCAGUCCCGGCGUGGGGACUGGAGGUGCAGUCCCGGCUUGGGGACUGGAGCUGUAGUCGUGGCGUGGAGACUAGGGCUGCAGUCCCGGCGUGGGGACUGGAGCUGCAGUCCCGACGUGGGGACUGGAGCUGCAGUCCCACCUUGCGGAUUGUAGCUGCAGUCCCGGCUCCCGACGUGGGGACUGGAGCUGCAGUCACGGCGUGGGGGACUAGAGCUGCAGUCCCGGCAUGCGGACUAGAGCUGCAGUCCUGGCUCCCGGCGUGCGGACUGGAGCUGCAGUCCCGGCGUGGGGACUGGAGCUGUAGUCCCGGCGUGCGGACCGGAGCUGCAGUUUCGGCGUGGGAUCUGGAGCUGCAGUCCUGCCUUGUGGACUGGAGCUGCAGUUCCGGCGUGGGAACUCGAGCUGCAGUCUUGGCGUGCGGACUGGAGCUGCAAUCCCGGCGUAAGGAUUGGAGCUGA